AUGGUCCGCCUUAAAGAUCGCUAUCUGUUGGUCAACAUUGUCUACGCAGACAUUCCUCCUGGACAAAAGGGCACUGUACCCGAUCUGCUACUUUAUAACCAGCCCACCCUUGGAGAACUCAGGCCCCAAACCAUCUUGAAGGGCAUUCGCAGUCAGGUGAAUGCGUUAUUUGGUGAUUGCGGGUCAGGCUCUGUCGAGCGCAGCCUACAAGUCAAGUACCUUUCUACUGCGACCUCAACCUUCAUUCUACGUAUCUCACGAGCCCAUUACAGGCUUGUGUGGGCUGCCCUGACCUUUAUGGACCGCCUCCCAGUCAAGGACGGCCGACCGUGUAUCUUCCGCGUUGUCCGCGUCAGCGGCACCAUCCGCAAAGUCGAAGAAGAAGCCAUCCGCCGUGCCAAGCUCCUUGUCCUUGCAGCAAAGGACGAGAUGGCCGGCAAGGCAUCAUCAGAUGCCCUCAAUGCUCUCUUCCGCGGCGGCAAAGAUUCAGCCCGCAAUCUCGCCUUGGUCACCGAUGACCACGAUGACGCAGAAAUGGGCGAGGGCGAGGUCUCUGAUGGAUGAAACAACCAUGCCAUUCGAUCGUCAUGUGUUCUGCUUACGCGUCACACGGAUUCCCGAGCCACUGGUGAACUGUGGCGCCACUCCAGGGACCGAGCCGUCACCGAGACCUGCUUCUUCAGCGGCCCGUGCCUGCUCCGCCCGCAGUUUUUCUUGUUCUUCCUCCUCCUUCCGCUCCAUCUCGUCAUACUCUUCUUUGCUAUCGAUCCACCUCUCUUGAAUAUCAAGAGCAUCGGGCAAUGAUGACUCGUUGCGCAUGGCAACCUGCCAGACGGUGUCGUUCGUUCCCUCAGCGCCGCCAAAGACGUACCCACUUGCACGGUCAAUCACGCGCAACAGAUGCAUCAUACUCUUCUUGUUCUCGACUGCCAGCACCUCGAAGCUGACAAGGCCGAACUGCUCAACCAUGUUCGCAACGGCCUCGUUAAGCUUGGUGAACUUG